AUGCUUACUGUCGAAGAAAUGCCACCCAUCAGUGGUUCUGAAAUGAGCACAGCUAACUCAAGUUUAAUUGAUGAUCAAGAAAAACCACAAACUAAAAGCCAAAAGUUUGGUGAAACGUCCUUUCUCUCAGAAGAUCUGGAAGCCAAACCAUCAUGUCCAGUCCAAGUGUGGAUUAAAACUAAUUAUGAGAAAGCUGCAAGUUCUAAAUCUUCAAUGUUACCAAUGGUGAAGUAUGGAUCAAACAAAUGGAGAAUGGAAGUAACAAAUCCAAUAGAUCCAGAUAAUCGCUACUAUUACAGGAUUUAUCCUUGUUCAAUAACCAUUUUGAUAGAUCUUGGAACUCCGGUAAGAGAAAGGAAUGUGAUCAUGAUGUCGGAUGGGCUGGCUGAAAUGUUUUACAGCCAACAUUUAUGUGACGUGCACUUCGACUUUAAAGACAGCCAGACUGUUGGUGCUCACGUUGUUAUUCUAUCGGCCGGCAGCCCAGUAUUCUCCGCUAUGUUUCGAUCUGAGUUUCUGAAAUCAAAAACCAAAAAAGUGACCAUCACUGACAUUGACAUUGAAGUGUUCCGGCAGCUCCUCAUCUACCUGUACACGGGCAGCGCCCCCAAACUGGCCCAGGAAAACAUGACGCAGUUGCUCUUCGAGGCCGCGGACAAAUAUAACAUCGACAACCUCAAAACCGAAUGCACCGAUGUUUUGCUGAAACGUGUGAAUCUCGACAAUGCCAUCCGUUUACUGGUUUGGUCUCAUAUCCACUCAGUAGCAAAGCUUAAGGAAGCAACCUUGAAGUUUUUGGCUGCCAACAGUCUUCGAAUUUUCUCUCAGCCGGAAUGGAUGGAUUUGAUUAAAAACUACCCGGAAUUGUGCCUACUGGCUACGCAGCACAUGUCAAAACUGCUAAACAUAACCAACAAAACUGCUAAAUCGACUUAA